AGAAAAACAACUUUUGUGCAAACCAAAGAAAUGUUCUUUUUGACAUUAACAUAUGACCAAAUCAAAAGCCAUAUUAACAAGUAAAAAAAAAAAACCCAAAAUUACAAAAAGGAUGAAUAAAACUAAAGAAAUAAAAACACUUUUGAAUCUUUUGGCUUUUCCUUGCAACCAAACGCCAGAUUGUUUAUAGGCGGCUAGUUGGCCAAGACAGCAUUGUUAUUUUCUUAAGAGGAGAUAUUGAUAACACAAAGGAACUUUCUUGUUUCUCGGCGUAGAAAAGGGGGAUUUGGUUUUGCUUUUGGAUUGAUCAAGUUCAUGAUCAUUUGUAGGCUCCCUUUAAUGUCUAAUACUUUGGGAACUAUUUUCUCUUCCAGAGAGACUCUGUGCUGUACCUCAAUUGUAUAUUAAUCCCAAAAUUUUUGCUAAAGGUUUAGCUUGUUUUGCUGAAUAAGUCAGCCCUGGAAUGCUUGUGCAGUAACUUGAGAAGAAAUGGAGGACAAGAGUUUAAUUGCCAAAGAUGUCACUGAAUUGAUUGGUAAAACACCACUGGUAUAUCUGAACAAUGUUGUGGAUGGAUGCGUGGCUCAUAUUGCUGCCAAGUUGGAGGCAAUGGAACCCUGCUCCAGUGUCAAGGACAGGAUUGGAUAUAGUAUGAUUGCAGAUGCAGAGGAGAAGGGUCUCAUUAAACCGGGUGAGAGUGUCCUUAUUGAGCCAACCAGUGGUAAUACUGGAAUAGGAUUGGCAUUCAUGGCAGCUGCUAAGGGUUACAAACUCAUAAUUACCAUGCCUUCUUCAAUGAGUUUAGAAAGGAGAAUGGUCCUCCGAGUUUUUGGAGCUGAGCUGGUUCUUACAGAUCCAGCCAGGGUCAUGAAAGGGGCUGUUCAGAAGGCUGAGGAAAUUCUGGCAAAGACUCCUAAUUCUUAUAUUCUUCAGCAAUUUGAAAACCCUGCCAACCCAAAGAUACAUUAUGAGACAACUGGACCAGAGAUAUGGAAAGGCACUGGAGGGAAGGUAGAUAUUCUGGUCUCUGGUAUUGGGACAGGAGGUACUGUAACAGGAGCAGGGAAGUAUCUCAGAGAGCAGAAUCCUGACGUUAAGAUCAUUGGUGUGGAACCAGUUGAAAGUGCAGUGCUUUCUGGAGGGAAACCUGGUCCACAUAAGAUCCAAGGAAUUGGUGCUGGCUUCAUCCCUGGUGUUUUAGAUGUCAAUUUACUUGAUGAAGUUGUCCAAAUAUCCAGUGAAGAAGCUAUUGAAACAGCAAAGCAACUUGCUCUGAAAGAAGGAUUGUUGGUAGGUAUAUCAUCCGGUGCUGCUGCUGCUGCUGCAAUUAAGAUAGCCAAGAGGCCCGAAAAUGCUGGGAAACUCAUUGUUGUGGUCUUCCCUAGCUUUGGUGAGCGUUAUCUCUCAUCCGUGCUGUUUGAGUCUGUGAAACGGGAGGCGGAGACUAUGGGUUUUGAGCCUUGAAAUGAACCGAAUCCUAGUGUCAAAAUGUCAUGAUUAUCAGUUUGAAAUAUGGAGAAGAGAAGUUACUUAUCAAGCAGCAUGUUGAUCUUUCCAAUGAAUGGUUUUGUUUCCUCCUUGGGUUCUCAAAAGACCUUAGAAAUAAGUCGGCUUUGCUGUAGUCAAUCUAGUCUAUAGAUGGAUUAAGAGGAAAUGUUGUUUGGAGAUGGUAUUUGAAGCUUUUUUGCUUUGCUGUGAGGUUGAACAAAAACAGUCAUCAACACUGUAGUUCUAUAAAAACAAUGUUGUGAGAUUAAAAAUAAAAUUUGAUGUUUUCCAUUGAAAACUCUCUUUGAAAACAGCUCGGAUUGCUGAUUGCAUCAUUGUGAACUAAAUUUUCAAGCAUCAGCCCCUAACCAAUCAGCUUUGUUGACUUUUAUGUUUUCCAUUGAAAACUCUCUUUGCAAACAGGUCGGAUUGAUGAUUGCAUCAUUGAGAACUAAAUUUUCAAGCAUUAGCUCCUAACCAAUCAUCUUGUUGACCGGAGGCAUCAUCUUUCUUUCGCAAUUCGUUAUCCUCUACCAUCUCCGCCUGCAUAGCAAAACCGGCAGACCAAGAUAUGCACAAAUACCUUAAAAGCAUUCCCUGGCGCAAACGUUACGACUGAAAUUGGUCAGGGGCCGCGCGAACGCAGGCCCCCACUACCACAAAUUAUGACGUAGGCUCUCCCACUUGGGGAGACCUUAGGCAAGCGCCCCUCCCAAGUGCAAUGGAGGUCGCUUACCUAGGCCAUGGGUUUUAUUGAUCACCCAUUGACCCCGUCCAGGUAAGUAUGUUUCAACGCAGCUAGCUGCCUCUUAUUUAUGAAACCACGCUCGUGCUCGUUCCUCUUAGUUCUUCGAUAUGGGACUGCACCUCAGCAUGAAGCAUCUCCUUGGUUCGAACUUCCUGGUGACUGGUGAGUCAAAAAUCAAAAUGAAGAAAAUAUCAAAACUCCAAGAAAAUACCAUAUCAUGCAUACAACAAAACAUAUUUGUAUAAGUUUUCAUGCAAUUCUGUUGAACAAAUUCAGCAUUUGAUAGAUGCAGAGGAUUAGAGAAACCGCAGCACUAUGCUUGGAAUUGUCAUUAAGCUUAAUCAGUUAUCAUGAGUUUGCAUAAGCUUUCUCCAUGGAAGUGGGGUUUUGUUCCUAUGACAUAGUGCACACGAACUCACUAGUGCAAAUUUUAACCUGAUCUUCAACUGUAUAAUGAAUGCACCCAUGGCUACCAGGAAGAGAUUUUCAAUCCAGUUCAUCACAUUUUGUUUCAAUCCUCCCUUUUUGCUUUUACAGCGAGCCUGUUCAAUGACCAUGGCAGCCAAGCUAAACUGGAUUUCCGUGUUUUGUUCUUUGAAUCAUCAUUUCCAAUGAAUCUAAAGCAGGCCUUGAAAAAGGAUUUCUCUGAGAAUGUUUUCCAUUACCAUUAUUUCUAUUAUUUCCAACAAUCUCGUCCAAUCAUAGCUGUGGAUAUUGCAAAAUUGAAAAUGAAAUCCGCAGUAACCAUGAAUCGAUAUUUAUUCAUACACGGCCUACAAGUCAUAGUUUGAGUAUUGAUUUGUAUAGAUUUUGAAGGGGGCCGCGCGAGCACGAGCCCCCAACUGCCACAAAUUUUGACGUACACUCUCCUCUAUAGGGAGAUGUUAGGCUGAUGCACCCCCACAACGUGCAAUGAAGACCAUCAACCUAGGCCAUGGGUCUUCUUG